AUGGAGGGGCCAAAACCCCUGGGGCCCUGUGGAAACUCUCAUCCCCAGUGUCCCCCAGCCCCAGUUUCAAAGAGUCAUGGAGGAUGCCUAGAUCAGCCCUGCCAGGGAUUUGUGAGGUGGUCCUGUCUGCCCCGGCUUCAGUCCACUCAGUCACUAGAGUCUUCCAGGCCUUUCCCUGCUCCGGGGACAGGGGGUGGGGGACCCAGAGUGGGAGGAGAGGCACCUGAGAUAUUUCUGUCAAGUGAAGAAGGAGAGAUGUCACGGCAGAGAGCUCAAGAGGCAGCAGCAGCCAGACGAGAAGUGGAGGCUGAGGUAGAGUGGGGCUGGCCCCUGCAUCCAGAGCAUGAAAAGGGGCUGCCUAGGCAGACAGGAUCCCCCAUCUUGGGACCCAGGCCCUGCCCAUGUCCAACCCUGCCUCCCGGAGGAGGGGCCACAGCCUCACCUAGGACAGCUCCCACGCAGCUCCAGGGUGGGACGCUGGAGUCUGCUGAGCAAUCCUUUCUACAGCUGGAGCGGGAGAACGACAGCCUGAAAAGGCAGAACCAGGACCUUCGGGAGCAGCUGGGGGCCCUCCUGGGACCAGGGCAGCAGUUCCUGCCUCUGUGUGCUGAGCACUCAAGCUGUACAGCCCUGGCCUGGUCCCCUGAGCCAGCCAGCACCUGGCCCCUGGAAGACAGGGCACCUGUGCAGCUGUUGCCGCAGCAAGAGCUCUGUCAGGGGGAAGAGUCCUUUGUGCGGCAGUCCCAGAGUGAGCUGCAACAGAUCCGGCUGUCCUUUGAGAGAAAGAAGAUGGCCAUCACUGAGGUGUGGGACGGUGUGGCCGAGGUACACAUGGCUCUCAACAACCAGGCCACUGGGCUCCUGAACCUCAAGAAGGACAUCCGGGGUGUGCUAGAUCAGAUGGAAGACAUUCAGCUGGAGAUUCUGGGGGAGAGGGCCCAUUGCCGCACUCAGGCUAGGAAGCAGCAGCAGAUGGCAUGCACGGAGAAAGGCAGGCCACAGCUGGGAUGUUCCGAGGGCCUAAAGGGCCAGCUCUGGCUGUUGGCCUUGAGGCUGCUGCUGGGUGCCCUGCUGGCCUGCACAGCGGCCUACGUGUACGUGGUGGACCCCGCACCUUUCGAGGGGUUGGUGCCACCCCUGCUGAGCCGAGCCGCUGUCUGGAAGCUCAGGGCCCUACUGGGCCCCUUCUUACGCCUCGAGGUGGACGACUUCCUGCCUUUCUAGGCCAGAGGCCCAGAUGCCCCAGCCAGGAGGAGGCCAGGUGGCUGGCGCUGCCCCAGGGGCCCAGUGGCUUUACUGGUUCCUGCCUACUGCACUGCUGCACACAGUCCCUACCAGGAGCUGCAGAGACGGGCGGGGGAGGGGCGUGUCCUGAGGGCUGGGCCUGCAGCUGGACAUACAGUCAUGACACACUUUGCAUGUAAGCUUGUUUCCAUGGAAACUGGAGUUGGGGGGGGGAAGGUUUGGGAACUUUCUGAGGCACUCUGCUUGUCUGGCCGUUGGGGUUUGGCAUUGGGGCCCCUGCCUCAAAUCGCAGUACUGGGUCCUAUCUGCCCUCACAAAGUAUUCCCCCACAAAGGGCCCCUGGAGCUUGAGGGUGUGGCAGGAUGGUCUUCCCCAAAGGCUACAGCUAGGCAAGGAAUCUGUGGGGCUCACCUCCUGGACCAGG